GUCGGGCCCGUCCAUUCAACGUUUCUGCGAGUGACUGUGUUUUCUAAAGGAAGUGCUGAGGUUCAGCUCCCUAUUGCACGCGACUCCGGCACCGCAACCAGCACACAUGGAGACCGCGUCGAAGGACGCCGUCGCCGCACAACACGCGCGGGCGGUGCUGCAGCGUUAUCUAACACCGCCACCUGUCGUUUGGUACCCGAGCGUGACUUCAGCAUUUCACUCUCCCGCCACCGUCUCCGACGACGAUGGCGCCGCUGUCGCUGUCACAGCCACGGACGUCUUUCUUGUCUCGUCCCCCUACCCGCGUCGCCGUGCGACCCUCGCACUUCUGCCGCACGACGCGCCGGUGGAUGGGUGGGAGUGGCCCACAUCGCCCAGCGAAGCGCAAGGCCGAGACGGAGGAGGAAAAUACGUGGCCUUUGUCAGGCCGGAUCCGCCCCCACGGACAACGGCGCUGACCACAGCAGACAGUCGUCACCACGGAGGUGCGGACCCGCCGACGGCGUACGGUGGCCACAACGCAGCCGCGACGGCGGAAGCGCUCCCACACACCAUAGCAAAUACCUCUGUUGAUGACGGCGUCGCACAAGCAGCAAGAAGACCUACGCAUUCGGUGCUCUCGAUCUGCCGGUCCAUUCCACGAGCCCCGACAGGCCCCUACAGCCAACUCAGCUACAUUUUCGGCGACGCCUGCUGCCCCUUCACGGCCCUCUUCGGCACGCUGCGGGCAGCCGGUUUUACACGCGUGGAGGGACGUAAGGCGCUCCUGCACAAGACCCACUCCCUCCUGUGGCUGAAGCACCUUCUACCGAGUACGGUGGAUCAGCUCAUGGGCCAGCUGGCGCAGUACCGCAAGGUGAACCACUUCCCUGGGACGCACUGGCUCGGUCGCAAGGAUAAGUUGUGCACCGUUAUGCGUCGAGCUCAGCAGCGGUGGCAGCGCGCGUCGGCCCUCAACGACGGGAACGCAUCAGCUGCAAUGGAAGAGAACGACAGGAGGAGUCGAAGCGGCGGCGUCGUGAGUACGCUCUGGAAGCCUCAGAGCGAGGAUGGUGGUGGUGCGAGCGGCACCUCUGCGGUUGAGGUCGCCCAUCCCGAAGCGUGCUCCGCGACGAGUGACGGCGACUGGGCGGCACUCACGCCACAGACGUGGUUGCUGCCGCAGGACGCGAAGGAAUUUCAGACGGCUCUGCGGCAUUCCUGUGUGCAUCGUGGCGGCCUCCCACGCACGUCAAGCUUGUUUAUUGUGAAGCCGGCGAACAACGCGGGUGGGCAGGGAAUUUUUCUCGUGGAUGCUGGAAGGGACGGCAGCGGCGUGGCGGCGGCGGAGGCUGCCCUGAUGAAGGUCGGCGCACUCCCCACGACAGGCCUCAACUCCGCACUCGCGGCGGCUAAGGCUUCCCUCAGCAGUUCCACCUCGCGUUGCACCGUCGAUACACCGGAAGAAAAGAACAAUCCUCGCAACAGCCCCAACAGCAGCAAGCCCGACAGCAGCAGUUUUGUGAUCCAGCGAUACCUGUCGCACCCAUUCCUGAUACUGGGACACAAGUUUGAUCUGCGCCUCUACGUGGUGGUCACCUCGUACGAGCCUGUGCGAAUGUAUCUGUACCGCGACGGCCUGGUGCGUAUUGCCUCCGCCCCUUACCACGCGCCGGCUUCACACGGCGGCACACAGGCAUCCGCAGCGGGGGGCAUGCUCGCAGAUGUGCAGCAGCUGCGAGCGCAUCUGACCAACUUCACAGUAAACAAACAACAAACGGCCUCCACGCUUUCCCUCGCUGCUCCGAUCCACCGCAGCAACAGCAGCGAUGACGCAGUUAGAGAUGGAGAAGAGGGGACCACGGAGGAGGCGGCAGCGGCUCCACCGGCGAUGGAGACAAAGUGGCCGUUGGAAGCGCUGGGUGUGUACAUGCAAGAGACAGGCUACGACUGGGCCAGCACCCAGACGCGCAUCCACGAGGUACUGCGCCGGACGUUUCUCUCCGUCACGCCGGAGGUGCGCUCCGAGCUGCGCGCGGCAGCACGUCGUGCAGGUGAGCGGGCUGGCAGUGCGGUGAGGAAUGAAAGCACGGGUCGAGGCGCAACCGGCGGUGUCGACACGUCGCCGUUGCCGCAUCCUCCCCCUCCGCCAUGUACGGCCAGCGGUAUCGGUCCCUUCUUUGAGUUUUUCGGCGUGGAUGUUUUAUUAGUCCACGAGAGCGACGAAAGAAGACUGGAGAGCGGCGCGUCGCCGACUCUGCGGCCGGUCCUCUUGGAGGUUAACAUCCUCCCUUCCCUCAGCACCCACUACUCCUUCUUUGACCAGCGGGUGAAGGCCAAUUUCAUCGCAGAUGCGCUCACGCUGGUGGGGCUGACCUCGCCUCUGUUCAAGACCGCACCGACACGCUCAACGGUGUCGUCUCCUUCCUCUACAGAACACGAUAGCACCAUCCACCCAACUCCAAAGACGGAAGACUGGAUCACACGCACGUUUCCCACCGAUGUGCCGGCGCGAGAGGCCUGCUACACCGCAGCCGAAGAACAGCGGCGCGCCGUGAACUUUACGCCGCUGCUGCCCACGCCAGAGUCGGACACGCGCUACGCAUCGUUAAUGGUGGACGGCGGUUUGGGUGUGGUGACUUCUUCGCGCUACGAUGCGGUGUUGAGCUCGUGGGCCGCCGCGCAGUCAAAGCCGUCGGAGUAG